AUGAAGGAAACCCCAAAAAUAAGAACAGUAGAUCUGAAGGCCAAGUUGGAGUUAGAGGUAGUGUUGGAAGGAAGAGAAAGGAGGUGGGAUGUAAAGGUGUUGGUAGAUUCAGGGGCAAAUGAUACAUUCUUGGACAAAAGGUGGGCUGAUGAAAAUGAUGUUCCUCUAAUCAAGCUUGGUCAACCUGUCACUGUCCUUAAUGUCAAUGGAACUCCUAAUGUUGCUGGCAACAUCAUGCAUGUUGCCUCUCUCAUCAUGAACUAUCAAGGACAUCAAGAGUCUGUCUGGGCCCAGGUCACCAUGCUUGGGAUGCAUCCCCUCAUCCUUGGGUAUACCUGGCUAUGA